UAGGCAACCACAUGAAAACAGAUAACUCUCAGUGAGCUGCCUGAGAAACUGGACAGGUUUUUAUUACUCUAUUUUUCGAUUAUUCUGGAGAAGAAAUAUGGAAGAAGACACACUAGAGCCUCAGCACACGCGCUCACCUCGCAUUUUUGUAGAAAGGACCUUAGCUUUGAUCAAACCCGACGCUGCGGAUAAAGCAGAUGAAAUCGAGGAUAUAAUCCUACUGUCGGGAUUCACUAUUUUGCAGAAACGUAAGCUUCAACUGAGCCCAGAGCAGUGCAGUGACUUCUACGCCAAGCAUUAUGGCCAGCCGUUUUUUCCGAGCUUGACAGCGUUCAUGAGCUCUGGCCCGGUCAUUGCUCUUGCGCUGGCAAGGCAUCGAGCCAUUGCUACCUGGAAAAGUCUGAUGGGACCAAGCAACAGCACCAAAGCCAAAGAAACCCAUCCUGAAAGCCUGAGAGCUAGAUUUGGGACAUCUGACUUGAGGAAUGCUGUGCAUGGCAGUGAAACAUUUUCCGCAGCCGAAAGGGAGCUCAAGUUCAUGUUUCCCAACUCUGUAAUUGAACCCAUUCCUAAGGGUGAAGCUGCCACAGAUUACCUGAGCAGGAAUAUAAAUCCAACACUCCUCUCCGGACUGACUGAACUCUGCAAAACGAAACCAGCCGAUCCCUUCACAUGGCUGGCCGAUUGGCUGAUUCAAAACAACCCAAACAAACCCCAGAUAAGUGAAGGGACUGUAGUUGAAAAUGCAUCUUGAACAGAAUUAAAAAUGACUUCAUGAGUUUUCUGAUAGAAAUCCUUCUUUUCCAUGUAGUACUGAAAAUGAUUUUGUAUUAAAAUGGAACUUUUUUGUGACAUUA